AUGAAGUCAAUCACUGCGUCCCUUGCGCUCUGCGCUGCCACCACCGUCAUUGCACAGUCUAGCACUCCCGCACCAACAUCUGGCGGGACGACUGUCAUGUCAACCAGUGCGCCAUCUGUACCAACAAAUGCCGUCACAACAUCUCUGCAUUACCUUGACGACGAUUUCGGCGGCAACAUCUUCUCUGCUGCCCUGGACUUCGACGAUGUCACCUUCUACGGCUCCGUCGUCACCGUCAACCCCUCCGGCACCGUCGUCUCCAUGGACUGUCCCUUCCAGACAGCGAAUACUGACUACGCGUCUGAAUGCGGGCUUAUCAGCAGCAUUCAGUACACCUUCCGUCCGAACACUGAAUACAUCAAUUUCGACAUUGCGACAAGCACACUAGGGCAAAGCGUCCGCUUGCAGCAGGCCCAGACCUGUGUUAUUGGAGACAAUGGCAAUAGCAUGAGCUGCGUGGCCACGGUCACGGCUGAGGCGGAAGGUAUUGGCAGGCAAACAACGUCUCUCACCACCACUGACUCAAACCCGACUGAGGUGCCGGUCAUUAUGACUGCUGGCCUGGAGAAACUCGGGCCCAUCCCAGAAGGUGGUAACGACGGUGGUAAUGGUGGGGGUGAUACAGGGAGUGCAGGUGCGGUACGAGCUGCGAAGACUUUUGGUGUUGGAGCUUUUGCUAUUGCGGUCGCUGCUGUUGUACUGUGA